CCAGUGGUCAAGGAGCCAGUGGUGUGCAGCGGGCGUGAAGGAGUGCUAGCACGCUGCUACUGCAAAAUGGAGCGGAUACAGCAGCAGCAACAGCAGAACGGGUGCCGUAAAGCCGAGGAUAUACUUCACGUGCUGCGCGAUCGAGUGGCUCAACUGCCGGGCACACGAGAUCGCAACGGGCGACCGGUGAUUGUGUUCCCGGCGCGCGAAAACUCAACGCCCAUCAAUUCGGACCACAUCCGAAACAUACUUAUGUACCUGCACGACGAACACUUCCCGGCGGAGGUGCACGCCGUGCUGAUCAUAAAACCGGAUAAGUUUUGGGAGAAGCACAAGACUUCGGUGUCUACGGGCAAAUAUAAAUUUGAUGUACAGAUGAUUUCUGUGGAUGGGCUGACGCGUUACAUCGAUCCGUCCCAGCUAACACGCGAUUUGGGUGGCUCUUUCGAAAGUUUCCGGGAAGAAAUGAAAAAUGGCGAAAUGCCUGUUGAUGUGGCAACCGCCGAGCGUGCAACAACAGCACAUAUUGCGAUGAAGAAGAAAAUAGUCGGUGCCCCGAUUGAAUAUAUACAAAAUGAAGUGGAACGGUCGUAG